CCUACUCCCGACCUGCCCCGGGCUCAGGCUCCGCCCCCCCCUAAAGUGGGUGAAAGGUCUGGCGCUCUGCGCUAAAGCUUGGGGCAGCAGAGCAAAACUGACAGAACGACUCCUGACUGACCAUGACAGACAAGCCAAGGCCUAUCAGCCCGCUCAAGAACCUGCUAGCCGGCGGCUUUGGCGGCGUGUGCUUGGUGUUUGUGGGGCAUCCUCUGGACACUGUCAAGGUCCGACUGCAGACACAGCCACCAAGUUUGCCUGGACAGCCUCCCAUGUACUCAGGGACCAUUGACUGCUUUCGGAAGACUCUUAUUAGAGAGGGCAUCACAGGGCUGUACCGUGGUAUGGCUGCUCCUAUCAUUGGGGUCACUCCUAUGUUUGCUGUGUGCUUCUUUGGGUUUGGUCUGGGGAAGAAACUACAGCAGAAAUCUCCAGAGGAUGUGCUCAGCUACCCCCAAAUAUUUGCUGCUGGGAUGUUAUCUGGUGUAUUUACCACAGGAAUCAUGACCCCUGGUGAACGGAUCAAGUGCUUAUUACAGAUUCAGGCUUCUUCAGGGGAAACCAAGUACAAUGGAACCUUGGACUGUGCAAAAAAGCUGUACCAGGAAUCUGGGAUCCGAGGCAUCUACAAAGGCACUGUGCUCACCCUUAUGAGAGAUGUUCCAGCCAGUGGGAUGUAUUUCAUGACAUACGAGUGGCUGAAAAAUAUUUUCACUCCAGAGGGAAAGAGUGUCAGUGAACUCAGUGUUCCUCGAAUCCUGGUAGCUGGGGGAAUUGCAGGGAUCUUCAACUGGGCUGUGGCAAUCCCUCCAGAUGUGCUUAAGUCCCGCUUCCAGACUGCACCUCCUGGAAAAUACCCUAAUGGUUUCAGAGAUGUGCUGAGAGAGCUGAUCCAGAAUGAAGGAAUCACAUCCUUGUACAAAGGAUUCAAUGCAGUGAUGAUCCGAGCCUUUCCAGCCAAUGCCGCUUGUUUCCUUGGCUUUGAAGUUGCUAUGAAGUUCCUUAACUGGGUCGCCCCAAACUUGUGAGGCUGAAGGCUGCUGAAGGCUUCUGGAUGCUGGACACUCAUUGAGGAAAAGCAGUACACAGAACUAGGCAGUUCUGAAGGGUGAGGGGAAGGGAUGGUGGGAUCAGAGCUCUGAGCAUGGACUUGCUGAAACCUUUGCCUUAAUGAUGUCUACCUUCUGUGACUUGGUGUGCCAUUUUGAAACUUGAAUUCCCUCAAAGGAUUAGGAGAUGGAAUAAGUACUGGCCAGAGUGCUGGUUGCUGGUUGACUGCUGGCCACACUGUACCCCAAUGCUCCUGGCUAAAGAGGCAAUCUAAUCCUCUCACUGAAAGCACUAUGCAUAUUUUCACCUGACUGACCAGAAUAUGGGAUCUUCUUCAAAUCCUAGUUAAAAAAACAAACAAAUAAACAAACAAAAAACAGAUUUCCAGGGUUCUGUUUCUAAUCCUAGGCUACACACAGGAAUAUGAAUUUAAAGCCCACAUCUGUUUGUCCAAGUAGACUGGGUGGAUAUGCCUAAGAACAGAUGGCCUGUUAACCAUCAGAUUUUAAUUUUUUUUUACACAAGC